AUGGCUGAACCAAUAACUACCGCGAACGAGAACGAGGAAGCACAAAAGCCCACAAACGCCGAAGACCGCAAGGCUGCAGCAGCCCUCGAUAACCUCAACGCAAAUGCCAUGAGCCAAGACAACGGCGAAGCCCAAGAUUCAACGCAGCCCAACGCCGCAGACCAAGAAGCACUGAUGAAGGCCAUGGGAAGGCUGGAGGUGGCAGCAGGAGGUAGCGCAAGCAAAAAGAUAGACGACAAGAAAGAUGUAGUGAAGAAGGAUGCUGAGGUGAAGAAGAAGAUUAAGCUUGCGGCGGAGGAUAUACAGUUUCUGGUGAAUGAGUUGGAUUUGUCGAAGCCAAAGGCGACUGAGUUGCUACGAGCACAUGAUGGCAGUAUUGAUUCUGCUGAAAUGUCUUAG